CAGGCAGGUGGGGGAUGGGGCCCUUGGGGUCCGGGCCGCGCAGUGGCGGGAGGUUCCGCCGCCCCGGCCCGUGUCUCACCCCCCUCCCCGCAGGUGCGGCGGGGCGCGAUGGCGGCCGAGGAGAAGAAGGCGAAGCUGAGCCACACGCUGCUGCCGGCCGAGUCCAUGAAGGUGAUGGCAGAGGCCGUGGGCAUCGCCCAGGUGCCCGAGGAGACCUGCCAGCUGCUGGCCGACGAGGUCAGCUACCGCGUCAAGGAGAUCACCCAGGAUGCUCUGAAGUUCAUGCACAUGGGCAAGCGUCGGAAGCUGACCACCAGCGACGUGGACUAUGCCUUGAAACUGAAGAACGUGGAGCCGCUGUAUGGCUUUCAUGCCCAGGAGUUCAUCCCCUUCCGCUAUGCCAGUGGGGGCGGGCGCGAGCUCUACUUCUAUGAAGAGAAAGAAGUGGAUCUGAGCGACAUCAUCAACACGCCACUGCCCCGUGUCCCGCUGGACGUGUGCCUCAAAGCUCACUGGCUCAGCAUCGAAGGCACUCAGCCCGCCAUCCCUGAGAAUCCGCCCCCAGCCCCCAAGGAGCAGCAGAAAGCAGAGGCCACGGAGCCGCUGAAGCCCACGAAGCCAGGGCAGGAGGAGGUUGGGACGCUAAAGGGUAAAGGGCAAAGCGCAAGUACUCCGGAUGGCAAAGGGAAGGAGAAGAAGGGUCCAGUGCUGGAGGGGGCGGGGUUGGGGGAGGGGCGGGGCCUGUACUACAAGGAGAUCACCGAGGCCUGUGUGGGCUCCUGUGAGGCCAAGCGAGCCGAAGCCCUGCAGAGUAUCGCCACGGACCCCGGCCUCUACCAGAUGUUGCCGCGCUUCAGCACCUUCAUCUCCGAGGGGGUGCGUGUGAAUGUGGUGCAGAAUAACCUGGCGCUGCUCAUCUACCUGAUGCGGAUGGUGAAGGCCCUGAUGGACAACCCCACCCUCUACCUGGAGAAAUAUCUGCACGAGCUGAUCCCGGCCGUGAUGACCUGCAUUGUGAGCCGGCAGCUCUGCCUGCGGCCGGACGUGGACAAUCACUGGGCCCUGAGGGACUUCGCCGCCCGCCUCAUUGCCCAGAUCUGCAAGAACUUCAGCACCACCACCAACAACAUCCAAUCCCGCAUCACCAAGACCUUCACCAAGAGCUGGGUGGACGACAAGACCCCCUGGACCACACGGUACGGCUCCAUCGCCGGGCUGGCUGAGCUGGGCCAUGACGUGAUCAAGACGCUGAUCCUGCCCCGGCUGCAGGUGGAGGGUGAGCGGGUGCGCGGCAUUGUGGAGGGGCCAGUCGUCAGCAACAUUGACAAGAUCGGGGCCGACCACGUCCAGAGUCUUCUGCUGAAGCACUGUGCCCCCGUGCUGGCCAAGAUCCGCCCACCGCCUGACAACCAGGACUGCUACAAGGCCGACUAUGGCUACCUGGGUGCCCUGCUCUGCACCCACGUGGUGAAAGCCCGGGCGCAGGCUGCCCUGCAGGCCCAGCAGGUGAACCGCACCACCCUCACCAUUACGCAGCCCCGCCCGACGCUGACCCUGUCCCAGGCCCCGCAGGGCCCGCCGCGCGCCCCUAGCAUCAUCAAGGUGCCCAGCUCCAUCACGCUGCCUGUGCAAACCCUGGUGUCCGGCCGCCCUUCCACCCCUACCCAGCCAUCCCCACCCCCCACCAAGUACAUCGUCAUGUCUUCUGCCUCUGGCAACAGCACCUCCCAGCAGGUGAUCACUUUCAGCACCAGCGCUGUGGGCACAGCCACAUCCCCCGUCAGCACCACGGCGCCUGGCGUGCAGCCUGUGGUCAAGCUGGUCUCCACGGCCCAGACGGCGCCCAGCGCUACCGUCACGGGCAGCGUGCAGAAGUACAUCGUGGUCUCACUGCCCGCCCCAGGCGAGGGGGGGAAAGCGGGGGGUCCCCCUGCCCAGCUCUCUCCCUCUGCACCUUCAGGGCUGCCACUUCCUGGCCUGGCCCCCCCCGCUAGCACCACUGUCAAGCUGGAGCCCAGUGACAGCCCUCAGCAGCCCCCCGGCACCCCCAUCCCAUUCGGCAAGGCCAACGGAGCACAGGGUGGCGUGGCCGGGUCACCCCAGCCUUCCCAGUGACCCUGUCCCCUGCCAUGGCUCUGCCCCCUUGGGCAGCGUUUGAGGCAGACUGAGCGCUCCCCCACCUCCAGUGACAUCCCUGCCCGCGGGGUGGCCCAGGACGAAGGUCGGUAACGGGAGGAGGGAGAGGAUCUGACCCUUCCCCCUGCAGCACGUGGGGCACCUAGUGCUUGGCCUGGGUUGGUGCAGGAACAGCAUUGGCCACAGGGAGGUGCCAGAGGCUAGUGGACCAGGCACCCUGGGGUACCCCACCUGUCUGGUGUUGGGGGGUGCAAAGGGGGCUGCCCCCAGGAACAGCUGUAAAUAUCGCGCUGUAAACUGCUACAUCCCAAUAAAGGGCCUGCCCUUGCUCUGCGGGCGCGGUGCUGGUCCGGCUCCUCCCAGCUCGGCCGGGCCCUUGCUCUGGAGUCUGCCUCUGCCUGCUGGA